AUGGAACCCAGAGACGAGUAUACGCGAAUGAGGAGGUUCAGCUUCCCGAACAGCGAGAACUUCAGAUCCAGGACCGGCGAAGCCGGGGCCGGCGGACCCCUCUUUGAGCAGCCGAGCCAUCGUAAUUUUCUUGGCGGCGAGCAGGCGCCCGAGCCGUCGGUGACGAGAAGAGUCAAAGAACGACUAAGAAGCUAUAGUAGAUGCGUCACGCCGCAGAAGCUGGUCGUCGAGGAGAAGGAGAACAAGGCGGACGCGGCGAGCCUGUCGCCGCUGCCGCCGGAGCAGGGCAAGAACUACGUCUACCAGUCGCCGCGGAACACCAUUCUGGACACGAACGAACAGAUCAAACGCAACUCGAGCGGCCGCUUCGGCAGCCUCGUCGAGUUCGCGCAGCACCAUCACAUGGACACCACGGGCAAGGUGUUCGCGCAUUGCGCAGAGACGGGAGACGUGCCGCAGCCGACGAUCGACCUGGACCUGGUGAACUCGGCCCAGCACAGCGGGAGCACCGGCGGGUCCGGCGACGCCAGCGGUUUGUAG